AUGAGUGGUCAAGCAAAUCCUAGACAAGGAUUUAACAAGCGACCCAGAAUUUAUGAUCCUGUUAACAAUGAUGAAGACGAAAGCGAGUUCAUGAAAAAUCUAACUAAUGAUGCGAUGGAAAAUGAUACCGAUUUUAGUCCACAGCUCUCACAAGACAGACCAGUACCUUUAGCAUAUGGCUAUUAUCAUCAUCCAGAAAAUACACAACAAGAAGAGUUUGUUCCAGAAGAAAUUCAGGAACCUCAACAACAACAACAGGAGAAUCCACAGCAAGAUGAUGAAUUUGAUCGUAUUUUCAAACCUAUUAUAGACAGAUACGAAGAAGAGGAAGAAGAAAUGAGAGGAGACUACUUCAAAAAAUUGAAUAAGCACAUUAUUGAUCCAGAUUAUGUUCAUGACAGAAAAUUCGACGAAUCAGAUGAUUUCUCAGACGAAGGUGCUGAAGAGGAUUCAGAUGCACCAUUUGAAAAUGAAGGCAUUGAUUAUCCAGAUGGAGAAUGCAUUGAUGAUGAUGACUUUAGCGAUCAGCCAUCUGAUGAUAGUGAUGUUUACUAA